ACAUCCCUGGCCACGGGGGAUAUAAAGGGCACCGAGUGAGCAGCCAGAGCAGACCUUCCCCAGGUGACCUGCCUUGUGUGAGAGCCCAGCUAGCGACUAAAGAUGAAGAGCCUGCUCUUGACCUUCAUGCUUCUGGGGCUGGUGGCUAUCCUGAAGGCCCAGGAAGUUCCAUCAGAUGACCAGGAGGAUUACUCUGGGACCUGGUAUCCAAAGGCCAUGAUACACAACGGCAGCCUACCCUGUAACAAGAUACCCUUGAAGGUUUUCCCUGUGAAGGUAACAGCCCUGGAAACAGGAGACAUGGAGGCCAACGUUAUAUUAUGGAAGAAUGGUCAGUGUCAUGACAUUAAAGUCCUGAUGAAGAAAACUGAUGAGCCUGGCAAAUUCACCACCUUUCACGGCAAGAAUUUCCUUUAUAUCACUGAGCUGCCGGUGAAGGACCACUAUAUCUUCUACUGUGAAGGCCAUCACCACGGGAAGUCGUACAGCAUGGGAAAGCUUAUGGGGAGAAACCCUGAGGAAAACCCAGAGGCCAUGGAAGAAUUUAAGAAAUUUGUACAGCUUAAGGGACUCAGAGAGGAAAACAUCCUUGUACCAGAGUUAAAAGAGCACUGUGUGCCUGAAAGCGACUAGGCAGCUACCCAGGUCUGCACCUGCUGAGCAAGCCUUGUUGCCCAAACCUUACUUGGACAUCCCUGUACCACACCUCUCUUGGACCAAACUCUCCACUGCUCCUCC